AUGGCGCUUGUUAAUCAGGCAAUCGAUGAGAUCGGCAUGACCAGCUUCCAAUGGAAUCUAUUCUGGCUCAACGGUUUCGGAUAUACAGUUGAUUCGCUUCUCGUUGUUUGCCAGUCCAUCGCAAAUCCUGCCGUACAGCAGGAGUAUGGAAACCCCAGUGCUCAUGUUUCCGGCAUCCCCUUGGCUUCGCAGAUUGGACUCCUCGUCGGCGCUGGUCUCUGGGGUUUCACUGCCGACAUCAUCGGUCGGAAGCUGGCAUUUAACACAAGUCUCAUGUCGUGCGCCGUCUUUGUCCUGAUUGCUGGUGCCAUGCCCUCUUACAUCUCCUUUUCUGCCCUUGUGGCUCUCUAUUCCGCAGGUGCUGGCGGCAACUACAUCCUCGACGCAACAAAUUUCCUCGAGUUCCUCCCCACCAGCCAUGCUUGGCUCGUCACGUUCAUGGCCGUCUGGUGGGCGGUUGGAUAUACCAUCACCGGCCUCCUUGCCUGGGCCUUCAUGGGCAACUUCAGUUGCGCCCCCGAUGCCACGCCCGAAACAUGUAGUCGAGCCGAUAACAUGGGCUGGAGAUACCUUCAUUUCACCUGUGGUGGCAUUGUCCUAAUCAUGGCCAUUGCCCGCUUUGCCCUUGUGCGCAUGGUGCAGACGCCGCGAUGGCUCAUUGCCCAGAACCGUGACGAAGAGGUCAUCAAGACCCUCAACGGCAUUUCUCUGAAGGCCGGAAAAUCGCAUAGCCUGACGCUUGAACAGCUGCAGGCGGAGGGUAUCGUUCUGCAUACUCAAGAAUCGGCCUGGUCUGCUACUCGGCUCAAGAUGCACUUCAAGGGCCUUUUCCAGACGCGGCAGCUCGCUUGGUCCACCACCGUCAUCAUUGCCAACUGGUUCGUCAUCGGAAUGGUCUCUCCCCUGUAUAGCGUCUUCUUGCCGUUUUAUCUCGCGUCUCGGGGUGCCGAUUUUGGCGAGAGCUCGACUUAUCUUACGUGGAGAGACUAUGCCAUUAACCAGGUUGCAGGGCUCGUCGGCCCAGUCAUAGCAGCUGUUCUAGUCGAGACGAAGUUCUUGGGGCGUAGGGGCACACUCGCCAUUGGAGCCCUGGUGACAAUGGUUCUCCAAUUUGGCUAUACGCAGGUCAAGAAUGAAGCGCAGAAUGUUGGAGUUUCAGCUGCCAUUUCAGCGGCAUCCAACAUUUACUAUGGAACCAUUUAUGCAUAUACUCCUGAGAUUUUACCCUCUGCCCAUCGCGCCACAGGUUAUGGCAUCUGCGUUGUUCUCAACAGAGUCGGCGGUAUUCUGGGAGUUUUGGUUGGAAGCUAUGCAAACGUAGAGACGACGGCUCCCUUGUUUGUUUGCGCAGCAUUGUUUGGACUUCUUGUAAUUUUAAGUGUAAUUCUUCCGUUUGAGUCAAUGGGCAAGCGAAGUGUGUAGAGCA